GAGAUCCUGGCGAGCCUUGCACCCCGCCAUUGAAACACAAACCACCUACUGAUCAGAACCUAACCGCUUUAAAGUUCACCUUUGAUGGAGCUCAACUUCCAGCACUUGUGGUGAAAAUCGACCUCGCACAGGAGAUAAUCUCCUUGGGAAAUGUCCACAGAAGUAAGUGCGACAAGGAGACGUGGAAAAGAAGGCUUACCUGCGAAUGGAUCGAGUGAAGAUCUUUUAGAUGGUCUGAAGAGAGAGGAAAAUAAAAACCAAGAAGAUCAGGAAUUACAACCCUCAGAAGAUAAAAGAGAAUCUUAUUCAGACUCAGCUCCAACAGAACAACCAAGCAUGUUAGCAAGUUUGAAUCCACGGUGGAGGAACUGGUGGAUCAGAGGAAUGUUCACUUUGGUGAUGAUAGGAGGUUUCUCCAUUAUUGUAUACUUGGGUCCUUUUGCUUUAAUCCUGUUGAUCCAGUGUAUUCAAAUCAAGUGUUACCAUGAGAUCAUCUGUAUUGGACACAAGAAAUAUGAAAAAUACAAUCUGCCAUGGUUUAGAUCCCUAAGUUGGUAUUUUCUUGGAUGUGCAAACUUUUUCUUUUAUGGCGAGAGUAUAACAGAUUAUUUUAAUGGUAAUCCAAACCCACAAGUGGAUGAUGCAUCAGAGGAAGUUGUGAAAACAUACAUAACCUAUCACAGGUUGAUUUCAUAUUCACUUUACUUAAUUGGUUUUAUUUUAUUUGUGUUGAAUUUAAAAAAAGAACACUACAAAGUGCAAUUUUCACUGUUUGGCUGGACCCAUGUGACAUUGUUGAUUGUUGUCACCCAAUCACACCUCAUCAUGCAGACCUUGUUUGAGGGACUUAUUUGGUUCUUUUUACCAGUCAGUAUGGUAAUUUGCAACGAUAUCUUUGCAUAUGUUUUUGGAUUCUUUUUUGGCCGGACACCUCUUAUCAAGCUGUCACCCAAGAAAACAUGGGAAGGUUUCAUUGGUGGAGGGGUGACAACAGUGAUAUAUGGAUGGCUUAUCUCUUAUUUCAUGUGUCAGUAUCAGUAUUUCAUCUGCCCAGUGGUGUUCAGCGGCUCAAUAACAGACUUCAAGACAACCUGUCAGCCUUCAUCACUUUACAAGUUGACUACCUUUACCAUUCCUGCUCCAGUCAAAUAUCUUCUUGGAUUUGGUGGUUUGACACAGGAUGAGGUGUGGCUUUAUCCAAUGCAGUUCCACUCCAUUGUUUUGUCACUCUUCAGUUCAUUGAUUGCACCAUUUGGUGGUUUCUUUGCCAGUGGAUUCAAAAGGGCUUUUAAAGUCAAGGACUUUGGUGAUACCAUUCCUGGACAUGGAGGUUUAGUGGAUCGCUUUGACUGUCAGUUCCUCAUGGCAACUUUUGUUUAUGUUUACCAUUCCACUUUCAUAAGGGCACCCCAACCACACAAGGUAUUACAGCAAGUUUUGUCCCUGAAGGCAGAACACCAACUCAACAUCUACAAAGAGCUCAAGUCCAGCUUGCUUAGAAGAGGUAUAUUAUAGUGGAUUCAGCAGUGUAACCACAACCCACCCAUAUUUAUCUUGUUAAUCACUUAUUAAUAGUGUUAACUUAAUUACCAGGGUUAUGAUAAUUGUGCAUGUCAAUUAUUAUAAGCUAUGGGUAUCCUUGUACAGUAGUUAUAUCACUAAGUGUAUUUUAUGGCUUUUGGUUUUCAUAAUUAUGUUUUCAAUGUAAGUGCAAGCAAGUUGAAGUCUGUUACGUAAAAUGAAAGGAAAAAAAAAGUUGAGGGAUGCCUACCUUUCUGUAAAGUUUCAACAUGUUGAGUCCCCUGAUGUGUAUUGGGAAACACAAGAUUAUCUGUAUCAGAAUUCAGAAAGCUUUCAUCAGGUCCUCUUUGAUAAUGCAGAUGCCCUGAGAUAAAAGUCUAAUGUCACUGGCUCAAUAAAGUUAACCAAAAAAAACAACAACCAACUAAAAGAGAGUUUUUCAGUGGACUCUCUCCUGCUCCCAUAAGUAAAAAUCAAAUUUAUUUUGUUAUAAAUUUGUUAAUUUUUGUCACAAUAAUAUAUACAGUAACCUAGUUUUUACUCUAUCUGUACAUUUCUAAUUUUGUUUUUACUUUCUACUUUUGUGUUAUCCUCUGAUUUUACAUAUGUUCUGUCUAACUAUGGAUUCUAUAGUUAUCUGUAUGAAGAGAACAGUGUCACCAACUUAAAUAUAUAGUUCUUCAUAUCUAUAUUUGAUUUUGAUAAGAAAUGCAUGGUGAUAUGAAGAACAGCACCUUUUCUUUUCUUUUAAAGUGGCUAUGAGAUAGAUAAAUAUCUUAGAAGUUGUAAUGACCAAAGAGAUUAAUGAAGGCUGACGCUGUGAAGUUGUGACGUGGAUUGUAAACAAAGUUGACAUGUCACAGCAAAAUGAUGUAGUUCCCGUGAAAAAAAGGAAUAUUGGGUGUAAGUUAUCAAGCAGCUGAUUUGUACAAUACAUUUUAAUAACCAUGUAAAAUGAUGUUCAUUGGUGUAAUAUAAAAACCUGAUGUGCAAUAUUUUAUGAAUAUCUGUUGUAUUAAUGACAUAGUAUUAAAGGUGAUUUAUGCACAUAGAUCUGUAA